UUACACUUGCUGAAGAUUCUAAAUGAACCUCUUGGCCCUGGUCGCGCUGGUCUCUACACAAGGUACAGAGGCUUUUUAUUUAUUACGAAAUAAUUUAAGAGAUUAGCAAUGGCGGUUGGACGGUAAUGCGUGAUUCUGAAGGUCGUAUUGGUCCGUAUGCUUGUAGAGGUAAUCAGCGGGUUUUUUACGACGAUGGAGAACGUACACGUCGUAAAUCUCAGUAUAUCAGAAGAAUGCGUCUCGGUGGCGCCAUGGUGUGGGCUUUAGACCUGGAUGAUUUCCGUGGUCGUUGCGGUUGCGGUAGAUAUCCUUUGUUAAGGACUAUAAAUCACGAAUUACGUGGUUUUUCUGGUCAGAAAGUGAAUGAUUGCUCGUAAGUUGAGUUUAAAAUAUUGAAAAUUAGUUGUGGAGAUAGAAUAAUUAGUUUGGAAAAAAAACAGAUCGAGAAAAGCAAGCCAUUGACAGUUUAGAACAACGCUCUAAAUCUAAGAGGCCUCAUCUGAUAAAAAUUUUUGAUUUUCACAAUUUUUUUAGCUGUAAGAACUAAAGCUCAGGUAACCCUCUUGGUAGAUUAGGGAGGUUGCAAGUAGUGAAGAGAGAAUAUUCUAUUUUUGAGC